CGUCUGUGUCUGCAGACUACGCCGACAAGCCCCUGGAGAAGCCCCUGAAGCUGGUCCUCAAGGUCGGAGGAAGCGAAGUGACUGAGCUCUCAGGAUCCGGCCACGACUCCAGUUACUAUGAUGACAGGUCAGACCAUGAGCGAGAGAGACACAAAGAAAAGAAGAAGAAGAAGAAGAAGAAGUCCGAGAAGGAGAAGCAUCUGGAUGAUGAGGAGAGGAGGAAGCGAAAGGAAGAGAAGAAGCGGAAGCGAGAGCGGGAGCACUGCGACACGGAGGGAGAGGCUGACGACUUUGAUCCCGGGAAGAAGGUGGAGGUGGAGCCGCCCCCAGAUCGGCCCAUCCGAGCCUGCCGGACACAGCCAGUUCUCGCUGGAACUUAAAAUGCUGUGAGACACCAAGCAGACAGAUACUGUGAACUUGGAGCUCUCUAUUGAAGGGAUACCAAAGUCUUUGUAUUCAAUUUUUUUUUUCCUUAAAUUGUCAGCCGAAAACGAGAGCACACCUAUUCAGCAGCUCCUGGAGCACUUCCUCCGCCAGCUCCAGAGAAAAGAUCCCCAUGGAUUUUUUGCUUUUCCUGUCACGGAUGCAAUUGCUCCUGGAUAUUCAAUGAUAAUAAAACAUCCCAUGGAUUUUGGCACCAUGAAAGACAAAAUCGUAGCUAAUGAAUACAAGUCAGUUACGGAAUUUAAGGCAGAUUUCAAGCUGAUGUGUGAUAACGCGAUGACGUACAAUAGACCAGAUACCGUGUACUACAAGUUGGCGAAGAAGAUCCUUCACGCAGGCUUUAAGAUGAUGAGCAAAGAGCGGCUGUUAGCUUUGAAGCGCAGCAUGUCGUUUAUGCAGGACAUGGAUUUCUCUCAGCAGGCAGCUCUUCUGGGCAGCGAAGACACAGCUGUUGAGGAACCUGUUCCUGAGGUUGUACCUGUACAAGUAGAAACUGCCAAGAAAUCCAAAAAGCCGAGUAGAGAAGUUCUCAGAUGCUGGAGCGGCAGCUGCAGCCCUGGGGUCAGGAGGUGUGAAUGCCGCAGCAGAAGCAGCUGUAUGUUUGAGCCGGAAGGGAACGCCUGCAGCCUGACAGACAGCACUGCAGAGGAGCACGUGCUGGCGCUGGUGGAGCACGCGGCUGACGAGGCUCGGGACAGGAUCAACCGCUUCCUCCCAGGCGGCAAGAUGGGCUAUCUGAAGAGGAACGGGGAUGGCAGCCUGCUCUACAGCGUGGUCAACACGGCCGAACCGGAUGCUGAUGAGGAGGAGACCCACCCAGUGGACUUGAGCUCGCUGUCCAGUAAGCUGCUCCCAGGCUUCACCACGCUGGGCUUCAAAGACGAAAGAAGAAACAAAGUUACGUUUCUCUCCAGUGCCACGACUGCACUUUCAAUGCAGAACAAUUCAGUGUUUGGCGACUUGAAGUCGGACGAGAUGGAGCUGCUGUACUCAGCCUACGGAGAUGAGACAGGCGUGCAGUGUGCGCUGAGCCUGCAGGAGUUUGUGAAGGAUGCUGGAAGCUACAGCAAGAAAGUGGUGGACGACCUCCUAGACCAGAUCACAGGUGGAGACCACUCCAGGACGCUCUUCCAGCUGAAGCAGAGAAGAAAUGUUCCCAUGAAACCUCCAGAUGAAGCCAAGGUUGGGGACGCCCUCGGAGACAGUGGUGGCUCUGUUCUGGAUUUCAUGUCGAUGAAGUCGUAUCCUGACGUGUCUCUGGACAUCUCCGUGCUCAGCUCUCUGGGGAAGGUGAAGAAAGAGCUGGACCCCGACGACAGCCACUUGAACUUGGAUGAGACGACCAAGCUCCUUCAGGACCUACAGGAAGCCCAGGCAGAGCGUGGUGGCUCUCGGCCCUCAUCCAACCUCAGCUCCCUGUCCAACGCCUCCGAGAGGGACCAGCACCACCUGGGAAGCCCUUCUCACCUGAGUGUCGGGGAGCAGCCAGACGUAACCCACGACCCGUAUGAGUUUCUUCAGUCUCCAGAGCCUGCAGCCUCUGCCAAGACCUAGCUCUGGGCCAGCUUCAGCUCUUUUUUUUUUUUUUUUUUNUUUUUUAGUUUUCAUUUGCAUGUGUGGAGUUUUUGUUGUUAGACAAGGACUUUUAUCUCUUUGGCCUGCGGGAAGCAGCCCCGGGGAGAUCAUGGUCAUGAAUUGUCUGUGGCAUCGUG